UUGUCUUUCCAUCACGUUAAUAAUUUUCCCGGAUCCUCUCACGGAUUAGACUUUUGAUAUUAUUUGUUACCCGGAAGUUGUAGUAUUUUCUUUCAACAUGGUGGACACUGGAGGUGUCCCUCGUUUUAUUUUUGCAUUAUUGCUAGUUAUAGACAGGGUAGCUUCCAGUUUGUUGUCAGUUGAGGAAUGUAGGAAUCUUGGUUUUGUUUCUACUGAUCUGAUGCAAGAUGCCUGUAAUGAACUGGACCAGUUCAACUUGUCUUCAUUAAAAGAGAGCUGUUUGAAGUGCAGUCAAAAAGAAGAGGCAGAAAGUGAAGCCACAAAACUUUAUCCAUAUGCUGAGCUGCAUGUGUGCAGCUGAAAAUUGGGACGGUUCCCACAAGUGCAGGCAUUUGUGAAGUCGGACCGUAUCAAACAAUUCCCUCGUCUGUCUGUGCGUUAUGUGCGGGGUAUGGACCCGGUUAUAAAGCUAAUGGACGAGAAUCGUAAUGUGGUGGAGGAGCUGGGGAUCGAUAAAUGGAACACAGACUCUGUAGAAGCGUUCUUUCAAGAACGAUUACAAAAAUAAUUAAGAUUUAUGUUUAAUUAGUUAAAAAAUUAAUUCUAAAAAUUAAUCUACAUGUAACUUAAACUCAAAAUUUCAAAGGUUGAAAUGAUUAAAGAACCCCAGUAUUACAUCACAUCAACAAGUAAUAAAGUUCAUCACAGAGAAACUGUCACCAAAAAUUAUAGAAUUUUUCAUGUGUGAUUGUUUACCUUCAAAUAACAUCAAAUCAAACACAAGUAUAAUAGUAUAUAAUGAUCACUGUUUAUACAUGAUGUUUGUUAGUUUUCAUUUGAAUCAGUAUCUCAUUUUCAUUGUUAUAGAGUCCUGUGAUCCCAGUUUUGUAUAAUGAUUAUGCUUUAACACAGUGCAUUUCUUCUGGUUUGUAAUGAACCGUCUGGUUUACAGGGAGAGCCUGAACAAAGACCUGCUUCUAUGAAGGCAUUGCAGGAAACCUCAGAGAAGGUCAGCUUUGCCGGAUCCCAGGUCCCGGUUCAGGUUUUACCUGGAACCAGCUGGCUCAGUAUAAACCGGAGAAUCGCAGUAUGUCAUUUUGUACAAUAAACAAUAAAUGUGUUUUAUGUA